CUAUAAAACUGGCCACAGGUUCUGCCAAUAGAUCAGUUCAGAACAAGAGUUCAAGCCGAGCGCAACCAAGCAAAAAAUCUAUUAGCAAAAUGAAAUUCGCCAUCGCUGUCGUCGUCACCCUGGCCCUGUCCAUGGGCGUUCAGUCUUCGGUGAUUCCGUUGAUCUCUCAGCUGGCUGGUCAUGGUCUCUCCUAUACGGCCGUCUCCAAUCCCGUGCUGGCCGCUCCUUGGGCCGCACCUGCUGCCCACUGGCCCGCCGCUGUCUCCGUCGGCUCCUGGCCACCAGCAGGACCUGCUGUGAUUUCUGCGCCUGGCCCAGUCGUCGCUGCUCAUGGUGCCGCUGUGAUUGCUGGUCCCGGUCCCGCUCUGCUGGCUGGCCAUGCCCCUGCUGUGGUUGUUGGUCCCGUUGCCCACGAGGGUGUCUAUACCGCUCAGACCCGUGGUGCCGUGCACACAGCUCCUCUGGCCGGACACAUUCAGUCGGUCGCCUCGAUCAAUGCUGCUCCCGCUCCUGGCACCAUCUAAGCGCUACUAGAGAAUUAGAGAAUACUUGCUAACGACCUGCCCGCGAAAUUGCCUGGAACUUGUACUGGACUUGAAUACGUUAAUGAUAAAUGUUGUAAAUAUUUGUAUGCUUAUAAACAGGGUACUCGCACCAGCCAUCUAAAUUUUCCCUUUCGAACGCACUCGCAACUUUCUCUCGCUCUAUUUAUUCAAAAGUCAUUUUCGUAACAAAUACCAUAAAACGACUUUCUUUCUAGACAAUAAAUCUAUGUAAAAAAGUUUAA